AGAGGGUGGAGAGGCUCUGUGAAUGCGCAUGCGUAGUUCAGUGUCGCUGUCCUAGCUGUAUAUCAAAGAUGGCGGCCACCGGCGGUACUGAGGAAGAGGAGGCUGGGAAAAGAAGGAAAGCUCACGGAAUGUUAAAGCUUUAUUAUGGAAUAACAGAGGAAGGGAAGGGCGGGGAGAGGCUGCUUGAGCCUACAGAUAUCGAUGGGGUGCAUUUCAGCCCGGAGCUGUACCUCACUAAGCUGAGGAAAGAGAGCUCAUUAGCUGAGCUGAUGGACAUUGAAGCCGAUAUGGUACGUCAGAUACGAGCUUUGGACAGCGACAUGCAGACACUGGUCUAUGAGAAUUAUAAUAAAUUCAUAUCUGCAACAGACACCAUUCGUAAGAUGAAAAAUGAUUUUAAAAAGAUGGAGGAUGAGAUGGAUGGACUGGCAACAAACAUGGCGGUAAUCACCGAGUUUAGUGCCCGUAUCAGCAGCACCCUGCAGGAGAGACACCAGCACAUCACCAAGCUUAGUGGUGUCCACACCCUCCUGCGUAAGCUGCAGUUCCUGUUUGAACUCCCAGCUCGCUUGAAGAAAUGCAUUGAACUUGGUGCAUAUGUCCAGGCUGUGUCCUACCAUGCUAAAGCCCGCAGUGUACUUCAUCAGUACCAGCAUAUGCCCUCCUUCCAUGGCAUCCAAGUUGACUGCCAGGCUAUCAUGGCAGGUCUGGCAGACACACUUCGCCAGAGGUUCAGGGAUUCUUCCUCUUCCCCGCAGGACCUCUCUGAGUGUGUGGAGCUUCUUCUUAGCUUGGAGGAACCAGCUCAUCUUCUGUGUGAUGAAUUUCUAGCCCAUGGGUGUGGACGCCUGGCCUCUCACCUCUCCGAGCUUGGGGAGGAAAGUGAUAUACUGGAGUUUGUGGACCGUGGCUGUGGUGGCUUUAUCAGCGAUGCCUGCCUUCUGGCAGCUUCAUACCAAAACCUCUUCUGUAAGGAGCCAGGGAGCACAGCCAAAAUGGCUGAGGAAAAGUUGACCACAUUCCUAGAUGAGCUGAGUAAAGGUUAUUUUGAGCUGGUGGAAAAGCGCCUGCGACAAGAGAAGAAUCCAGGAGACAACUCUCUUUUAGUGCGGGCACUGGAUCGAUUCCACAGGCGUUUACAGGCACCAUCUAAGUUGGUACCACGAUGCAGUUUUAAUAGGAGAGGCACAGAGAUUGUGGUUAGGGCUGCACAGGAGCGGCUUUCUCAGUACUUGCAGGCCUUGAAGGACUUCUUCCAGGGUUGUAUUACUGAUGUCCGACAGGCCCUUGCAGCUCCAAGAGUACCUGGGAAGGAGGCACCAGCAUUGGGGGAUUUAUUGGCAAUGCUCUCUGGCUCUGUUUUAAACCAAAUUAAAUCUGUUUUGGCUUCUGUACAUCUGUUCACAGCUAAAGAUGUGGCAUUCUCAGACAAGCCAUACUUUAAGGGUGAGUUCUGCAGUCAGGGUGUCCGAGAGGGACUGAUUGUAGCUUUUAUCAAGUCUGUGUGCCAGACAGCCCGACAGUUCUGUGAUUCCCCUGGAGAAAAGGGUGCCAACACUCCUCCAUUGCUCUUGUUGCUUCUCUCUCGCCUAUGCCUAGACUAUGAGACAUCAACCAUCAGCUACAUACUGACUCUGACAGAUGAACAGUUUUUGGGUCAGGACCAUUCUGCAGUCACUCCAGUUAGUACUCUCUGCUCCUUGGCUCGAGCCACUGCGCAGAGUCUCCUCAAUCAGUAUGUCAAGUCUCAGGGUCUAGUCAUUUCCCAAAUGCUGCGCAAGAGUGUUGAGACCCGGGACUGGGUGGCAACCAUUGAACCGCGAAACGUCCGAGCAGUUAUGAAGCGAGUAGUGGAGGACAUCACUGGUGUGGAUGUGCAGGUGGGACUUCUAUAUGAGGAAGGGGUCCGAAAAGCUCACAGCAGUGAUUCCAGUAAGCGUACGUUCUCUGUAUACAGCAGCUCUCGCCUGCAGGGUAGAUAUGCACAGAGCUAUACUCCAAGUGCCCCUCUUGACACCAACCUUCUAAAUAACAUACAGAAGUUAUUUUCAGAAAGGAUAGACAUCUUCAGCACCGUCCAAUUCAACAAGGUCUCCAUUCUUACUGGUAUUAUAAAAAUCAGCCUGAAGACCUUCCUUGAGUGUGUCCGCCUGCGAACAUUUGGCCGCUUUGGCCUGCAGCAGAUACAGGUAGAUUGCCACUACUUGCAGCUCUAUCUGUGGCGCUUUGUCAGCGAUGAGAACCUCGUCCAUUGCCUCUUAGAUGAGGUGGUGGGCAGUGCUGCCCACCGAUGCUUGGAUCCUGCACCCAUGGAGCAGAGUGUUAUAGAGGUCAUCUGCGAAAGAGGCUGACACGUGGAUGGACAACCUGUCUAUUGUAUAUAUGCUAAUGCACUACUGUGUGAUCUGUAUAUAGAAGUAUGGAAUAAACUGGUGAAAUAAACAUAA